UCAGGGAUGCACUUCCUACUGCGCUCAAACACCUCAGACCACGUGACCAGCAGGCGCACAAAAAGCAGCCUCAUAACCGCACCGCUCCCUCAAACACACACAGUGCGCACCGGCUGCAAGUCUGCCGUUACUGUAUUUGACACUGACAGAGUCUGGGGAGUCAACUCACCGUUAUUCCCCCGGCAAAUCAUCAAAACAACAACAAAUAUAAUUUCACACCGGCUUCCAGAUCUUCUCUUGGAGUUGCUGUAACUGUUGGUGGAGAGAGUGGAGACAACCACAGCAGACUGGUUUACUCCCAGUUUAAUUGUUUUUUGUUUUUUUUCCCCGGCAUGGAUCGGGGCAAGAUGUUGCUGAGGCUGAGAAAAUCAAGAUGUCCUUUCACAUGGGUCUAAUGCUGUUACACCACACAUCUCUCCACUGAGCAUCUCUACUGCCACAAACCAGCCAUGAAGUUGGCUUUGCACAGGAUAGCAGGCACCACAAUGAGCACACUAAUGACAGGUGUCCAGUAUCUCGGUUCAAACGACGCCAGCUACGACGACUCCUCCAUCGACUCGACUCUAAUCAAGAACAGAUUCCACUUUGGGAAACCUCACUCUGCCUCGGAUAGUAACUCUGGACUCGCCCCUGGAAAUAAGGAGGUCCUCUACAGCGGCCUCGCUCCAAUUUUCCCCACCAACGUGACAGACUUUCUGCUGGGUAAUGGCACCGCUGUGGAGAGUGGCGGGGUGGUUCAGUGCGGGGAGGACUUUGUGGACAACAUGGAGUGUUUUAUGAUCCUAACUCCUGGUCAGCAGCUCGCAGUCGCCAUCUUGGCACUCACCCUAGGUACGUUUACGGUGCUGGAGAACCUCAUGGUGCUGUGUGUGAUCUUACACUCCCAGACGCUUCGAUCUCGGCCUUCCUAUCACUUCAUAGGCAGCCUGGCUGUGGCUGAUCUGAUUGGAAGCAUAAUUUUUGUCUACAGCUUUCUGGACUUUCACGUCCUCCACAGGAAGGACAGCCCCAAUAUUUUCCUUUUCAAGCUGGCCGGGGUCAUCGCAUCCUUCACUGCCUCUGUUGGCAGUUUGUUCCUCACUGCGAUCGACCGCUACAUCUCCAUCCAUAGGCCUAUGGCGUACAAACGCAUAGUCACAAAGACUAAAGCAGUCAUUGCCUUCAGUGUGAUGUGGACCAUCUCCAUUGUCUUCUCGCUGCUGCCGCUGCUGGGGUGGAACUGCAAGCGUCUCAACUCUGUCUGCUCUGACAUUUUCCCACUAAUCGACGAGAAGUACCUGAUGUUCUGGAUUGGAAUGACGAUUAUCUUGGUCCUGUUCAUCAUCUACGCCUACAUGUUCAUCCUCUGGAAGUCCCACCACCAUGCUGUCCGCAUGCUGAGCCGCACCUCCCAGAGGAGUGUGAUUGUCUACACUGCAGAGGGGACCAAAGUGCAGACGGUGAGGCCCGAACAGGCCCGGAUGGACCUCCGUCUGGCUAAAACCCUGGUUCUGAUCCUGGUGGCCCUCAUAAUCUGCUGGGGCCCACUUCUAGCUAUCAUGGUUUACGACCUCUUUGGGAAGGUGAACGACUUCAUCAAGACUGUGUUUGCCUUUUGCAGCAUGCUAUGCCUGCUCAACUCCACCGUGAACCCUGUGAUCUACGCCAUGAGGAGCAAGGACCUGCGCAGGGCCUUCCUCAACAUCUGCCAUAUGUGCCGUGGGUCGACGCAGCCUCUGGACAACAGCGCUGAGAGCGACUGGAACAGCAGGAGUGUGAGAGGCACAGCGAGCGUGGCGGGGAAAGAUGGAGCUGCCUGCGGAAAAACUCGUGUAAAAGUAGCCCAGGUUACCGUUUCUGGGGUGACGGAGACUUCCACUGCAGAGCCGGUCUAAGAGACCAGCUGCCCUGAUCUGGUGCAACUGUGAAGUAAAGAUAAUGUAGAAUAGCCCCGACCCUACUAGUACACUGCUCUGUUACUGUGAAAUGUGCCAAAAAAUGACCUACAUACAGAACUGAAAAACAUGUUUCUGUUGCUUUAAAGCUGAAAUCUGUAUUAUUAUUCCAUGUAAUAAUAUAGUGGCGUGUGAUGAUAUUUUUUUUGGAAGAACAAGCUCUCUUUUUUAUGUUAUUGACAAAUGGUUUCAGUAAAUAAUAGUCACAUUCAUAAGAACUCGUUGGCUCAAGGGCAUUUUUUUCCUGCAACAGCCAUUACAAACACAACACUGUGCACUGUCAACUUUGCUGUAGUUUGAAUGUGCAUAAAGUUACAGAUUUCAGCCUUAAGGUAGAAAAAUAUGGCCGUCCUUUUUGUUCUUUCUUUUUUCCCCUCCCACAUGAUAUCAUAGCAAUAUUGUGGCAGUAAUUCAAGGUGAAACUGUGUCUACCUUCAUGCAAAAUGUCAGUUUUGAGUGACAGAACACUGCUUUUAAGUAAAACUAGCAACCCAUUAGUGAUUUGAAAUCAACCAUCAAUGAUUUUGUAAGACCAUGAUAUUGUGAUAUUUGGAAUUGUUGAAAUGUUAUUUUACUGUAUUUAUUGUAGAUAUUUUCUAAACAUGUACUUUGCAAAGCAAAAUGGUGAGUCUUACUUUGAAAUAUGAAUGGCUUUUUGGUCAAAUCAAAACUUUAGUCUGUACGUAUUUGGGAAUGUUACGUUGCUGCUUAUUACACAUGUGCUUAUGAAACAGUUACAGCAUUCUGUGAGAAGCUACACUUUGCAUUCAUUGUGCCAUUGUGUCCCAUAACAGUGUGUAUAAGCAAGGACAUGAGUUCAAUAAAUAUAUAAAAUGUGUCUAUUUUUAUCAUAAUUUUGUCAACAUAUCUGGUUUCUUUUUUUCAAUAAAACAAUGAAAUCUCA